AUGAGCUGCCGCCCCGAAUUUGCCACUGCCGCCAGCAUCGAGCAUCUUCGAGAAGCGCCGCUCACCGCACCGCUCCCGAGCUUCGAGCAUCACGCCGCUGACCCCGAGAGCAUCACUGCACUGCUCCGCCUCUACGCGAACGAUAUCACCACAGACGAGAAGAAGCGGGCCACACUCCUGAGCUCGUGUGGCAAGAACGUCUUCGAUAUCGCUCGGUCCCUGGUGGCGCCAGCGGACAUAAAGACCGUGGCCUUCAAAGAGCUGACUGACAAGCUGAAGGCACAUUACUCUCCGCAGCUGUCAGAGAUUGCGUGCCGACACGCGUUCUAUAAGAGAAGCCAGUCGUCAAAUGAGACCGUGGCAGAGUUCAUGGCGGCUCUACGUAAAGCGGCAAGGCCUUGCAACUUUACCAACGUGGAGGAGGCCCUCCGAGACCGGCUGGGGGCCGACACUGAAGGCGAGGGUGCGCAUGAUGACGUCUGCGUCGUCGCCAGACAAGCGGACAAGCGGACCCCAGCGAAGACUGCGAACAGACCACCAUGCACCGGCUGUGGCGGGAAGCAUCCGAGGGAGAGCUGCUGGACCAAAGACGUCGACUGUCGGAAGUGCGGUAAGCGGGGCCACAUCGCCCGUGCUUGUAAAGCGUCCAAGGCGUCUCCUCGACCGUCGCCGCCCAGGAACCAACGUCCCCGAGCAGCGCAACGAGAGGCCAGCUGCCAGAUGACCUCGAGCGUGUCACCUCAGCCAGUGGUACAACGCGUCGGAGGGACCGGAAAGAUCCAGGUGACCGUCCAUCUCGACGGAGUGCCAUGCAGCAUGGAGGUGGACUCGGGGUCGUCCGUGACCGUCCUGUCGUCCCACCAGGAGCCGGAGGAGGCUGAAACCAGCGGAGACCCAAAGUAUAAGGGGAAAUGUGCUCAACUGUCUUUGCUUGUGGCAGAGGGUGACAGAGUUAACCUGUUGGGCCUUGACUGGUUUGAACCCCUGGGUAUUAGCAUUACUGGGGUGAAUACCGUUAUGCAAAAUAAAUGGGCUGUAUUGUACAGUGAGUUUCCAACUGUGUUCGGGGGUGGUCUGGGAAAAUACACGGGGCCCCCGGUGUCGUUUGAACUAGAUCCUGCGGUAACGCCAAUCCGCCUAAAAUAUAGGAAAGUGCCCAUUCCGCUCAGACCCAGGAUCGAGGCUGAGCUCGAUAAGCUUAUCGAACAGGGUGUUUUAGAGCCUGUCCCAUUCAGUAAAUGGGAAACACCCAUUGUGACCCCUGUGAAACCAGACGGGACGGUGCGUAUUUGUGCUGAUUACAAAUGCACCAUCAAUCGGGCAUUGCAACAGCACUCAUACCCCAUUCCAGUAAUAAGCCACAUUUUGGCUUCGUUGGGGGGGGGCAAGAUUUUUGCAAAAUUUGAUCUUGCCCAGGCGUACCAGCAGCUGCCUGUGACGAAAGAAGCUGCUGAAGCCCAGACAAUUGUGACCCACCGGGGGGCGUUCAGAGUAAAUAGGCUCCAGUUUGGGGUGAAUGUUGCCCCCGGGAUCUUCCAGGGACUCAUGGAAGGGUUACUGAGAGGGGUGCCGGGUACGGUUCCCUAUUUUGAUGACGUACUCAUUGCGGGGGGAUCAGAAGAAGAGCUCAUGUGUAGAGUAAAAGAAGUGCUGAGGCACUUUGAAAAAGCGGGGCUUAAGAAACAGUCGAAAUGUAUAAUCGGUGUUCCAAGUGUUGAGUUCCUUGGGUUCAGAGUUGACCGGGAACGUGUGCACCCCACCGACGAGAAAGUAAAAGCCUAUAAGAAUGCCCCUAGACCGACUUUGUUAUCCUCCAAUGCUGUACUGACACAUUAUGAUGGCCAGAAAAUGUUGGUUUUAGCAGCUGACGCUUCUCCAUUUGGGGUGGGGGCAGUGCUCAGCCAUGUGAUGGAGGACGGACGGGAGGCCCCCGUCACGUUCUAUUCCAGGUCACUGUCUGAUACGGAAAAAAACUUUGCACAAAUAGACAAAGAGGGACUUGCGCUCGUAUCAGCAGUGAAAAAGUUUCACGACUUCUUGUUUGGCAGGCACUUCCUGCUUGUGACUGAUCAUAAGCCCUUGCUUGGGAUUUUUGCCCCGGACCGGCAAUUCCCAAAUAUUAUGUCUGCAAGAAUGCUCCGUUGGGCCUUGUUUUUGUCGGCCUAUGACUAUGAUUUGGAGCACCGGCCAGGCAAGGCCAUCGGUCAUGCGGACGCUUUAAGUCGCUGCCCUCUGCCUGGCCAGGACUUGGACCCUGCUCCUGCCUGCUCCGUAUUGGCGAUCGAGGAACUCCAGCAAGCUCCAGUUACAGCAAAAGACAUUGCCGCUGCAUCGGCUAAGGACACUGUACUCUCCAGAGUUUUAAACUGGGUUUGGAGGGGGUGGCCGUUGGGAGCUGUGGAACCGGAGUUCCGAAAUUUUAAAGCGCGCCCAAAUGAGUUAUCUGUUUCAAAGGGUUGCUUGCUAUGGGGAAACCGGGUGGUGGUACCACAUUCCCUCCGCCAGAAAGUGCUGAAAUCACUUCAUGAGGGCCAUCCAGGCAUGGUCCACAUGAAGGCACUAGCCCGCGGCUAUGUGUGGUGGCCCGGGCUGGAUGCCGAAAUUGAGGAUUGGCAAGUGUAUGCUCGUAACUAUGCCAGUGGUCAUUCGUGGCUACCAGCCACUAUUGUUGAUAUUAUUGGGUCACGAAUGUAUGUGCAAACACGCUUGAGACGAAUCUACAAGUCAACCGACUGCCGGCUAAUCCCUGCGUUUGCUGAAGCUGAUACGCCGACAAAAAGGAAAAGCAACCCUUCAGCCGAAAAGACAGCACAGUUUUUCAAACCGAGAAUGUCGAAUGGACACUUCAACCCAUCCGACACCACCGUGGAAGAUUGGGAACCUUACAUCUCCUGGUUUGAGUUUUUCCUUGAGUCUUCCAAGAUCGAGGAGGAGGAAAAGAUGUGCGCCACCUUCUUCCAAGUCUAUGGACGUUUGACCUUCGAGAUUGCUCACUUGCUGAUUUUGGAGCAGUUCUCGACGAAGCCAUCCAUCAUCACUGCCCACCACGUGUUCUACAAUAGAACCAGGAUGCAAAUGAAUUGA